AUGGCCUACGUCAACAACUGCCCUCCAGCGGGCCCUCCGGAGCCCGCGUUCAAGUACUUCACCGAGGACGAGAUCUUCAGCCCCGAGCCCUACGACAUCAACUUCGCCUACCCCCUCCACCCCGCGACGCUCGAGAGCGACCGGCUCGCGCUCGUCCCCUUCGUCCCCGCCGUGCACGGCGCCGCCUACUGGGCCGCCCUCGCCGGCCGCACCGCCGCCCUCUUCCGCUGGUUCCCCUUCGCGGCCGCCACGCGCGCCGAGGCCCUCUCCUUCUUCGCGCACUGCCAGCGCGCGCCCGGCGCGCUCGCGCUCGCCGCCCACGACAAGACGCGCCCCGACCCCGCGCACCCGGACUGGCCUGGGGCGCUCGCGGGCACGAUCGCGCUCUGGGGCACGUCCCCCGCGAACCUGCACACGGAGCUCGCGCACGUGCUCGUCCUGCCGGACUUCCAGCGCACGCACGUCGCGCGCGGCAUGGUCGGCCUCGCGCUGCGGUACGCGCUCGAGCUCCCCGGCGCGCCGGUGCGGCCCGGGCUCGGGUUCCGCCGCGUGCUGUGGACGGCGCACCCGGAGAACGCGCGCUCGGGCGCGCUCGCGCGGAGGAUGGGGUUCAAGGACGAGGGCGUCGCGCGGUGGCUGUGGGUGCUGCCGGAGGGGGCGGAGAGCGGGAUGCCGUCGCGCGCGGGGGACCCGGCGGCGGAAAAGCCGGGGCGGCAUUCGGUGGUGUUGAGUCUCUGCUGGGAUGAUUGGGAAGGCGGGGCGAGGGAGCAUGUGGAGGCGAUGAUCAACCAGUAG